AUCCUGCAUACACGGAGUGUAAUGGAUUGCUUUUUUUUUUUUUUUCAAACCAUGGAAUUAAAGGAUUGCGCAUAUCCGUGAAUUGCGGUCCAAAUUCACCAGAAGUCUCGCCGGUCGUUUAAAAAUGGACCGGGAAAAAACCUUCGACCGGUCUCCUUACGUUCCCCCUGUAGGGGCAUUUGCGUCAAUCCAGUACUAAGGAAAAACAGUAAAAGAGUGCUAGACUCCUAGGUCGCGGUUAACAGAAACAUCGCUGAACUUUAUCGGCGUUUUUAUUAAUGGCGACACUGAGUUCCGCAUCUUUAUCCUUCCUACGUUACCCAAUUACAUUUUUGCCCUCCAUCUCUUUCUCUCCUUUCCCCUCACGGAUCCGCCGGCCACCCCUUUCUGUCGUCGCCCGAGUCCGCAAAAGAAACCGCCGGAAAACGCCUCAGGAGCCGCUGGGAAACGACAUGUCCGUUGCCGUUCCCAUUCCGGAGCCGUCUCUCAGACGGGAAAAAGACGGCGAAUUCUCUCACGGCUCUGGAAAUUGGGCAGGAAAGAGGGACAUGCUAAUGACACACAUGGAAGAAGAGGCACCUUCUUCUGGAAAAACUGCUCCACGCAAGAACAAAUAUUCCUUGAGUUCUAUCAAAUGUUUUGGAGUGGAACUCUCACCCGAUAAUGUUGCAAUUGCCAUGGUAUAUUUUGUCCAAGGUGUUCUUGGUCUUUCUAGGCUUGCUGUUAAUUUUUACUUAAAGGAUGAUCUGCAUCUGGACCCAGCAGAGACAGCUGUCAUAGCCGGUUUCUCUUCAUUACCAUGGCUUAUCAAGCCCCUCUAUGGGUUUAUUAGUGAUUCUUUCCCACUUUUUGGUUACCGAAGAAGAUCAUACUUGGUUCUCUCAGGGCUUCUUGGAGCAGUCUCUUGGAGUUUGAUGGCUGCCUUUGUCGACAGCAAGUAUGGUGUUGCUUUCUGCAUACUUCUUGGAUCUCUUUCUGUUGCCUUUUCAGAUGUUGUUGUAGAUUCCAUGGUUGUAGAGAGGGCUCGCGGUGAGUCACAAAGCGUGUCAGGAUCUCUCCAGUCUUUAUGUUGGGGAUCAUCAGCCUUUGGGGGGAUUUUGAGCUCUUAUUUUAGUGGGUCCCUGGUUGAUGCUUAUGGAGUAAGGUUUGUUUUUGGCAUCACAGCACUACUACCUCUGAUAACAUCUGGAGUUGCUGUCCUUGUUAAUGAGCAGCCCAUGUUUGGUUCAGCAAGGAAACAGAAUUUUCUUUUGGCUACUCCUAGAUUUUUCGAAAGCUCAAAACAGAGUAUAAGUCAGUUGUGGGAUGCUAUCAGGCAGCCCAAUGUAUUUCUUCCCACAGUAUUUAUUUUCCUGUGGCAAGCAACCCCACAGUCGGACUCUGCCAUGUUUUACUUUACCACUAAUAAACUGGGUUUCACCCCGGAGUUUCUAGGACGUGUCAAGCUUGUCACUUCAGUUGCUUCACUGGUUGGCGUAGGGGUCUACAAUGGUUUUUUGAAGACUGUUCCUUUGCGGAAGAUUUUUCUUGUGACAACCAUUAUUGGUGUGGCACUUGGGAUGAGUCAGGUUCUCCUUGUUACUGGACUAAAUAGGAAACUUGGUAUAAGUGAUGAGUGGUUUGCAAUUGGAGAUUCUUUGAUUAUAACAGUUCUUAGUCAGGUUUCUUUCAUGCCGGUUCUUGUUUUAGCAGCGAAAUUAUGCCCACCGGGAAUGGAAGCAACACUCUUCGCAACACUCAUGUCCAUAUCAAAUGGAGGGAGUGUGGUUGGCGGUUUGCUGGGUGCUGGUCUAACCCAGCUCUUUGGUGUCACAAAAGACAGUUUUGGUAACUUGGCCAUUCUGAUAAUCAUUUGCAACCUCAGCUCCUUGUUUCCAUUACCGCUCCUUGGCCUCCUUCCUGGAGAUGAUUACGAAAUUGCUUCUCAGGACAAUGGAGAUGUUGAGAUGAAGUCUAAUUGAAUGUUGGUGGUUCGCAGUUGCAUCAUGCCAUCAUCCAAGGUACCUGCAUCACCUUCAGAGGUUGUCCUAUUUGAACCCCGUUGUGCCCAAAUUUGGAUCUUACUCACCUUACAUUUGCGGAAAAAAAAUAAAAAUGAGAGAGAGAGAGAGAGAGAGAGGUAAAUAUUACCAGGUUAGGUUUAGAGACGAUGUUGUUUUGCGUUUGAUUAGACUAGCAUACAGAGUUUGUCUGCUGCAGUAAAUUAAAGAGCAAAUUCAUUUGCUUUACAUGUACUA